GAGCUUCCCAACUUCUCCUUUUCGCUUUUAGUCCUUGCUGACCUUUUAUUCAGCAAAAAAAAAAAAAAAAAAGUACUUUUAAGUCUAACCUUAACAUUCAACAAUGUCGUCUUCGAGCUAAUGAUAGCUUCUCAGUUCUCAACUCUAGUUUUCUCUGCGGUUAAACCCUAGAGUUCGGCUUUCUCUCUCCUCUUCGAAUCUGUGGCAAAUUACUCAGGCUGCCUGCAUGGCAUGUGCAUUGCACGUGCCGCAACCGAUUAGUGCUUGCUAUAAGUGACCGUGCAGUAAUAAUGUGGUGGUAGCAGCAAGAAGAUAACAGCUACUACUUCAGCAAACCGAAUACUUUGAAGCUAGCAGAAAAGGGAGCACCUAAAAAAUUUCUGAAUUAAAAAUGCUGAAGGGAAUUGCUCCAGUUGUGUCCGUUGGGUCACUAUCAAGGGCGUACCAGGCCAUACAGCCUCCACCUCCUAAAAUCUGUGGCUCUCCUGGUGGGCCACCCAUUACUGCACCGAGAAUAAAGUUAAGGGAUGGAAGGCAUUUGGCCUACAAAGAAUAUGGGAUGCCUAGAGAAAAGGCCAAAAAUAAGAUUAUCUUUGUUCAUGGCUUUUCUUCCUGCAGACAUGAUGCUGUGAUUGCAACAACCCUCUCCGCGGACUUUAUUGAAGAACUGGGGAUUCAUGUCGUGGGAUUUGACAAACCAGGUUAUGGAGAAAGUGAUCCAGACCCCAAGCGAACAGUGAAGAGUUUGGCUUUGGACAUAGAGGAAUUGGGUGAUCAGCUGGGACUUGGAUCCAGAUUCUAUAUAGUUGGAAACUCCAUGGGCGGCCAGGCGGUCUGGGGCUGUCUCAAGUAUAUCCCCAACAGGCUUGCAGGAGCAGGAUUACUCGCUCCUGUAGUCAACUAUUGGUGGCCAUCUUUUCCUGCCGACCUGUGCAGAGAUGCUUAUAACCAACAAGCGCUAAGGGAUCAAUGGACUCUUCUUGUUGCUCACUACCUGCCGUGGCUAACCUACUGGUGGAACACUCAGAAAUUAUGUCCUGCAUCAAGUGUUAUAGCUCGCAAUCCUGACGUUUUCUCUGCUCAAGAUCUGGAAAUUGUCAAGAAUAAAUUUUCACUUGAUCCAGAGAGAGAAAAACAACAGCAAUAUGCCACACAACAAGGAGUAUUCGAGUCGCUUCAUCGAUCUUUGAAUAUAGGAUUUGGGAAAUGGGAGUUUGAUCCAAUGGAUCUCAAGAACCCUUUUCCUAACAACGAAGGCGCCGUCCAUUUAUGGCAGGGUGAUGAUGACAGGCUUGUCCCAGUUACUCUGCAACGCUAUAUCGCUGGUAAACUUCCAUGGAUUAAUUACCAUGAGUUACCCGGUGCAGGACACCUUUUUCCGCAUGCCGAGGGAAUGGGUGAAGUUAUCAUGAAGGAGUUUCUAACAGGGGAGACUAAAUCAACUUCUGCUGCGGAAUGACAUUCUUGUUUGAUCCCUUUUUCUUUCUCCUUCAGCUUUUUUUGGUGUUUGGAUUUUUCCAUGGAAAAAAAAAUGGAAGAAGAAAAUAAUUGUUAGUUGACUAGCAGAUCGUGGCAUGGCCCAUAAGUAACAAUGUCGUUUGCAAAUCUUGUAUUUCUACUAUUGAAAAAUAAGUCAUCUCAAUUUAUUGUAUCAUAUAUAAACCUUUCAACAUCAAGACUUCUUUUUAUGAGAUAAGCUGUAAGCAUGCGUGUGCAUACCUUUUGCGUUCUUCUUUUUAUAAAAUUUAUUGAAUAAAACGG